GUAACAGCAGCGGCAACAGUCUAGCCUCGUUGUCCACCCCUGUCCAGCGGGGCCACGGACGCAUCGCCGCGGCGGGAUCCGACGCCCCCCGCCCCCGCCGCACCGCACCCAUCGGUCCGAUGGGGCCGCAGCGGCCACUGCCCCUCGGCGCGGCUGCCCUGCUCUGGGGCUUCCUGCUCCAGCUGACAGCUGCUCAGGAAGCAAUCAUGCAUGCAUCUGGAAGUGGUGUACCUCUGCUGUCUAAGGACUAUUGUAUGCUAUAUAACUCCAGUUGGACACCUCUGCCAAGUACCCUAGAAAAUGCAACUUCCAUAAGUUUGAUCAAUCUGACUACCACGCCACUGUGCAAACUUUCUGAUAUUCCUCCUGAUGGAUUAAAUAACACAGCAGUUGUGGUACAAUGGGGAACCUGCCAUUUUCUUGAAAAAGCCAAAAUUGCACAAAUAGGAGGUGCUGAAGCAUUGUUGGUUGCUAACAACAGUGUCCUAUUUCCUCCAGCUGGGAACAAAUCUGAAUUUCAGGAUGUGAAAAUACUGAUUGCAUUUAUAAGUCACAAAGACUUUCAAGAUAUGACUCAGACUCUUGGAAAUAACAUUACUGUGAAAAUGUAUUCUCCACCAAAGCCAAUCUUUGACUAUACCAUGGUGGUUAUUUUUUUAAUUGCAGUGUUCACUGUGGCAUUAGGAGGAUAUUGGAGUGGGCUAAUUGAAUUGGAAAACAUGAAGGUGAUGACAAAUGCUGAAGAGGGGGAAAUGAGAAGAAAGAAGGAAGAAUAUUUAACUUUUAGUCCUCUAACAGUUGUAGUGUUUGUGGUCAUCUGCUGUGUUAUGAUGGUCUUACUUUAUUUCUUCUACAAAUGGUUGGUGUAUGUUAUGAUAGCAAUUUUCUGCAUAGCAUCUGCAAUGAGUCUGUACAACUGUCUUGCUGCACUAAUUCAUAAGAUACCUUGUGGACAGUGCACGAUUGUGUGUCGUGAUAAAAGCAUCGAAGUGAGACUUAUUUUUCUCUCUGGACUAUGCAUUGCAGUAGCUGUUGUAUGGGCCGUUUUUCGAAAUGAAGAUAGGUGGGCUUGGAUUUUACAAGAUAUAUUAGGAAUUGCUUUUUGUCUGAAUUUAAUUAAAACAUUGAAGUUACCCAACUUUAAGUCAUGUGUGAUACUCCUCGGCCUUCUCCUCCUAUAUGAUGUGUUUUUUGUUUUCAUAACACCAUUCAUCACAAAGAAUGGUGAGAGUAUCAUGGUUGAACUUGCAGCUGGACCUUUUAGAAAUAAUGAAAAGAAUGAUGGAAACUUGGUGGAAGCCACUGCUCAACCCUCAGCUCCCCAUGAGAAAUUACCAGUAGUCAUCAGGGUGCCAAAGCUGACUUAUUUCUCAGUAAUGCAUGUGUGCUAUAUGCCAGUUUCACUCUUGGGAUUUGGAGACAUUAUUAUACCAGGUCUGCUGAUUGCAUACUGUAGAAGAUUUGAUGUUCAGACCGGUUCUUCUUCUAUAUACUAUGUUUCCUCCAUAAUUGCCUAUGCUGUUGGCACAAUACUUACAUUUGUUGUCCUGGUGCUGAUGAAAAAGGGACAACCUGCUCUCCUAUAUUUAGUACCUUGCACACUUAUUACUGCUUCAGUUAUUGCGUGGAGACGUAAAGAAAUGAAAAAGUUCUGGCAAGGUAGCGGCUACCAGAUGAUGAACCAUUUGGACUAUACGACAAACGAAGAAAAUUCAGUGACUUCUGGUGAACAGACUGUGCAACAAUAAUAUUACAUGGACCUACAAUGAUGUGUCAGUUGGUUUUCCAGAAAUAGGGUUUGACUUUUUAGAUUGAAUUUUGAACUGACAAUCUGAAAGAAUGUUCAAAUUAUAUGCUUGCAAAUAUAUAUUUUUAUGACCUGGUACUGACAGUGAUAUAAAUAAUUAAAAUAUGUUUGCUUUUAACUAUGUUAGAGUUGUGCCUUCACAUUAAAUAAAAGCAUGUGUAAUUUUGAAGAUGUAUUAUAUACAGUAUAUUUUUCUAAAAAAAAAAUCUUGACCAGCCCCUGUAUUUUUCUUACUGAAAUCUUUCUUUCAAUUCUAAUGAUAGAUAAAUUUCUGUCAAAUUAAGUUUCUGAGAGACUUUACUAUAAGAAUUACAUAAACUUUAUAUUCUGUAGAAAUACCUGUUUAAGAUCAUGUAAGAAGGUAGUUCAGCAAUGAAAUUUUGGAUCUUUUACACUUCAGACAUUAGAAAUAUAUAAUUUGGGUGUAUAUAUAUAUGCAUAUAUAUAUAUGCUUAUUUUUGUAG